GCUUCCACAGCCUUUCCAGGUGUAGUGACUCUACAGUAGAGACUUACAAUUCUUCAGUGAGAUGUCAUCUGCUUGUAACAUCAUGAAUAGGGCUUUAAGAAAACGCAUCUUACCACAAACCCUCUUGGUGACAGUUGUCCUCAUGGUUGUUUACAUCUGCAUAAAUAAAGACUCUAAAGAAUCCAACGUGCUGAGGCUGCACUUUGGUGUGGCCAGAGAAGUUGCUGCAGGGAGCGCGCCGCCACCAGCAUCUCCACCCAGCACCGCCUUCAGCGCCGCCACCAGCGCCGCCUUCAGCGCCGCCUUCAGCACCGCCUUCAGCCCUACGGGACGUCCCAUGCCGAGAUGUGACCGAAACACGUCUGUUACCAAUGUCACAGACUUCAACUCUCUUCCUGGUCAUUUAAAAGACUUUUUGUACUACCGCCACUGUCGGUAUUUCCCCAUGCUGCUGGACACCCCUGGUAAAUGUGGAGGCGCUGAUCGGUCCGGAGACGUCUUCCUCCUGCUGGUGGUUAAAAGCUCCCCGGGGAACUACGACCGCCGAGAGGUGCUGCGCAAAACGUGGGCUGCAGAGAGGUUGCACAACGGCGUGUGGAUUCGGAGGGUGUUCAUCUCGGGAACUUCGGGUGCUGGUUUUCAGAAGGAACGAUUGAACAAACUGCUUGAGAUGGAGCAACGCGAGUACAGUGACAUCCUCCAGUGGGACUUCAGCGACACGUUUUACAAUCUUACCUUGAAGCAGAUACUCUUCCUGGAGUGGAUGGAAAGAAACUGUCCGAAUGCUCGCUUUCUGCUUAAUGGUGACGACGAUGUUUUGUCAAACACAGAUAACAUGGUUACGUAUCUCCAAAGUCUCAGAGACAAUGUUGGGAGCAAGCAUCUCUUCACUGGUCACAUCAUACCAAAUGCGAAGGUUAUUAGGUUUUCAAGCAGCAAGUAUUAUGUUCCAGUGCAGGUACAGGAGUCAGAGUCAUACCCCCCUUACUGCGGGGGCGGGGGCUUCCUGCUGUCUGGCUACACUGCAAUGGUGAUUUACAGAAUGUCUUGGGAUGUACUUUUCCAUCCCAUAGAUGACGUUUACAUGGGGAUGUGUCUAGCCAAAGCAGGACUUGCACCCUCCUUCCAUCAUGGUGUGAAAGUUCUGGGAAUAAACCUGCUCACCAUUAAACUACCCCAUCAUGAAGCUUGCUUUUUGAAAGAGCUUCUUCUUGUGCACAGAGUCCUUCCACCUCAGAUGUUUCUGCUGUGGAAACAAAUCCAUGACCCUCAUCUGAAUUGUGAGAGAGAAUAGAGAUAACAGCACCAAACGGUCACUUACACUUUGCAGAAGAACUUGGGAAACUACGGGAAAUGUAUACUUUUCCAUGUCAUUUUUCACUUCAUUUUGGGCUUUGCCUAUCCCUCAGGACCUUGCAAGGGUUAAAGGUUGCUUUCCAUGACUGGUCUGGCCAAGAGAAGCAGCAACUCAGGCCAGCAGAAGCACAAUUUCUAAAACAACACACAAAUACAAGAAGGAUGCACAGUUGUUGGUUGUCUUUGCUUUUGCACCACAACACAUUGCACGAAGCAUCAAUCCACCUGUGGAACCAUCCAUCCAUCCAUCCAUCCAUCCAUCCAUCCAUGGUUGUGUAACGGUAAACUGGAUAAAUCUGCAGUGAACCAGUGAUUGCUUCAGCAUUUGACUUUAUAUUUUUCUGAAGGCUGCAUGCUUGUCCACUUCAGGAAUUUCACAGACUUUGUGUUUUUGCUAACUGCAGCAAGUUGUCACCAAAAUCAUUCCCAAGAGCCAAAUCAGUUGUGCAUGUAAAAGAGUUUUGCGGUGGUAUGAAAGAAGUAGUAAUGUCUUUCCUGGGUGCUUUACUGGGUCUGGAAGGGUUUAUCAACAAUAUAUAAAAGAUAUUUAGGAAGCAAUAACUUUUAUAAAUCAUCUGAUACUGGCUGCAACAGUUUCAGUGGAACUCUUGAAUAAGAAAAAAUUCUUUAAAAUGUAGAUGAUUUUAAAACAAAGAUGAUUGAACUGUAACUGUAACAACCUUACAGCAACUUCAUGAGUGUUUUAGGAUCAUAAGAGUUUAAACCUCUUACAGUAUAAUGUAAAAGUAUGAAACUUGCAUUAAAUCUAUUUACACGUCCUUUUUUGGGUUGGCUGGUGUGUUAAAUAUUAGUCAUAUAGUCAUCAAUGUGUCAUUGCCAAAAAAUCAGCAUGUACUCCAAGUGAUCUCUUAAUUUUUGUAAAUUUGGAUCUUAAAAUAUUGUGUCGUCUUGGUAAACAGAACUAUCCUUGUU